AUCAGCUUGGAAUUCCCUAUGACACCAUUACAGGGUACAAAGUGCAGAUUAGGAAUGGGGGAAAAUUAGCUAAUAAUGGGAGGUGUGAAGCAUUGAAGUUAAGUGUGCAGGAAGCAGUAGUUCAGCAGGAAUUUUACAUCCUUGAGCUAGGGGGUACUGAUGUGGUGCUGGCGAUGGAAUGGUUGGCCACUUUAGGAGAUGUUGAGGUCAAUUUCCAGAAGCAGAUUAUAAGAUGGCAGGAACAAGGGAAUAAGCAGAUGAUACAAGGGGAUCCAUAUUUAAAUUCUCUUGAGAUUUCUUUGAAAACGAUGACUCAAAUCUUACAUGAUACAGGGGAUGGAUAUUUGGUUUACUGUGAGGGUCAAUAUGUGGAAUUGAAGGAAGGGGAUGAAACAGAUGGAACCUGGAAACAUAUUUUGGCUGAAUUUCCAGAAGUUUCUGCACCUCUGAAGAAAUUACCCCCAAGAAGAACCUGUGAUCAUGCAAUUAAUAUUCAACAAGGAGCAGAAAUCCCAAACAUAAGGCCCUACAGGUAUCCUCAGUAUCAGAAGACUGAAAUUGAAAGAAUCAUAAAGGAGAUGCUCAAUGAAGUAAAUCAAAGGAAGAACAUCAAGAACACUUGAGGAUGGUAUUAAAAGCUUUGAAGGAGAACCAGCUAGUUAUAAAUCCAAAAAAUGUUCUUUUGGGCAAUCAGAGCUGGUCUAUUUGGGUCAUAUCAUAUCUGGUAGUGGAGUUGCUGCAGAUCCUGCCAAGAUAGAAGCCAUGGUUCUAUGGCCAGAACCCAAAGAUUUGAAGGGACUAAGGGGAUUUUGGGGACUCACUAGCUAUUACAGAAGAUUUGUACAAGGGUAUAGCAAGAUUGCUUUACCUUUGACUCAGCUGUUGAAGAAGAACAGUUUUCAAUGGGGGGCAGAUGCUACCAAGUCCUUUGAAGAAUUGAAAAGAAGAAUGAACACCUUACCAGUUCUGGCAGUCCCAGAUUUCAACAAGAUGUUCAUAGUAGAAACUGAUGCUUCGGGGACAAGUUUGGGGGCUGUUUUGAUGCAAAAUGGCAGGCCUAUUGCAUACAUGGGAAAAGAAUUGUCUAAAAGGAAUCAGAACAGAUAUGUUUAUGAGAGGGAAUUAAUGGCUAUUGUUCUGGAAGUCCAAAAAUGGAGACCCUACUUGUUGGGGAGAACUUUUGAAGUUCAUACAGAUCAAAAGAGCUUAAGAUUUUUGGCAGAACAAAGGCUGAUGGGUGAAGAACAACAAAAAUGGACUUCCAAGUUACUGGGUUAUAAUUUUAGUAUCAAAUAAAAACCUGGUAUGGAAAAUACAGCUGCAGAUUCAUUAUCCACAAGACCAUCCUUCAAUGCAUUGUCCAUAGUCACUUGUCAGGAAUGGGAAGGGCUAGAAGAAGAGCUGCUUACAGAUCCUAAAUGUCAAUCAUUACUUCAGCAUAUCAUAUCACAACCAGAUCAGUACCAGGAGUUUCAAAAUAUUAAAGGGUUGCUAUACUACAAGGGGAGGCUAGUUUUACCUAGUAAAUCUCCUAGAGUUACCAAAAUCAUGAAGGAGUGUCAUGAUUCUGCAAUGGGGGGUCAUUCUGGCUAUUUCAGGACUAUGAAGAGGAUAUCUAAUUUGUUUUAUUGACAUGGUAUGAGGAAGGACAUAAAGAAGUAUGUUGAUGAGUGUCCUACAUGUUAAAACCAGUUGGGUUAUUACAACCCCUGCCUAUUCCUCAGAAUAUUUGGACUGACAUUUCCAUGGAUUUUGUGGGAGGUUUGCCAAAAUCACAGGGAAAGGAUACAAUCAUGGUCAUUGUGGAUAGAUUGACAAAAUCAGCUCACUUCUUAGCUUUAUCCCACCCCUUUAAUGCUAAAGAAGUGACUGAAUUGUUUACCAGGGAGAUAGUCAAGUUGCAUGGAUUCCUUAAAACGAUUGUGAGUGAAAGAGAUAGCAUAUUUCUGAGUACUUUUUGGUCUGAACUCUUCAAACUAGCUAGGACUCAACUUAAAUACAGCACAGCCUAUCAUCCUCAAACGGAUGGUCAAACUGAAGUAGUCAACAGGUGCCUAGAAACUUAUUUGAGGUGUAUUUAAGAAACUUAUUUGAGGUGUAUUUAAGUUGAGACCCAAGCAAUGGGUUAAUUGGUUAGCUUGGGCAGAAUUCUGGUACAAUACAAAUUAUCAUACAUCACUGAAAAUGACAUCUUACAAGGCUCUUUAUGGUCAGGAUCCUCCUACUGUGAUUAGAGAGGAUGCUAAUCUUACAGCGGUGGAAGAAGUUUCCAGAAUGACUGCCCAGAGAAACUUAAUGCUCAAAGAAUUGAAAGAAAAUCUGGAAAUAGCUCAAAAUCAAAUGAAGCAGCAGGCCAACAAGCAUAGGAGAGAAGUAUUGUUGGCAGUGGGGGACAUGGUUUAUUUGAAAAUCCAACCUUACAAGCUGAGGAGUCUGGCCAGAAGAAUCAACCAGAAAUUAAGCCCUAGAUACUAUGGCCCAUUUGAGAUAAUUGGAAAAUUAAGUCCUGUAGCCUUUAAACUAAAACUGCCAGAAGACAGCAAAGUGCACCCAGUGUUUCAUGUUUCACUUUUUAAGAAGGCUAUAUCUUCUACAACUGCAUUUCAGCCCCUACCUAAAUGUUUGAGUGAAGAAUGGGAGUUACAGGUGAUACCUGAAGAAGUGUUGGAAUCAAGGGUUAACAAGGAGGGAAAGAUGGAGGUCCUGGUACACUGGAAGGACUUGCCUCAGUUUGAAGAUUCUUGGGAAUUAUUGCAAUCAUUGACAUAACAGUUUCCAGACCUUCACCUCGAGGACAAGGUGAAAUUUCGG